UAUAAAUUUUCAUCAAUUGUGUUUAUAAUUAACUAUACUUUAUACAUAUUAAUACAAUGCCUGUUGCUAAAGCCUCUACUGAAGUUUUCACCUUAAAUGAUGGUACUAAGAUCCCAGCUGUUGGAUUAGGUACUUGGCAAUCUACUGAUAACGAAGCUUAUGAAGCUGUGUUAUUUGCUCUUAAAAAUGGUUACAGACAUAUUGAUACUGCUGCCGCUUAUGGUAAUGAAGAACAAGUUGGUAAAGCCAUUAAGGACUCUGGAGUCCCAAGAUCUGAAAUUUAUGUCACCACUAAAUUAUGGGGUACAUUCCAUCAAGAUCCAGAAACUGCCAUCAAGAGUUCUUUAGAAAAAUUAGGUCUUGAAUACAUUGACUUAUACUUGAUCCAUUGGCCAGUUGAACUUAAUCCUCACGGUAAUGAUCCAAAAUUCCCAUCUUUACCAAAUGGUAAGAGAGACAUUAUUGCUGAUUCUGACUAUACUAAGACUUAUGCUAGAGUUCAAGAAUUAGUUACUAAAGGUUAUACUAAAUCUGUUGGUGUUUCUAACAUUUCCGUUGAAAAUUUGACUAAAUUAUUAGCUGCUCCAACCACUAAGAUUGUUCCAGCUGUUAAUCAAGUUGAAUUACAUCCUUACUUACCUCAACAUAAGUUAUUAGAACUUACUAAAUCUAAGGGUAUUUAUCUUGAAGCUUACUCUCCUUUAGGUUCAACCGAAUCUCCAUUAUUUAAGGAUGAAACUAUUGUAAAGAUUGCUAAGAAGAAUGAUGUAUCUCCAGCUACUAUUUUAAUUUCUUGGGCUGUUCAAAGAGGUACUGUUGUUUUACCAAAAUCUAUUACUCCAUCUAGAAUUGAAGAUAACUUAAAGACUAUCAAAUUAAGUGAAGAAGAUUUUGAAGAAAUCAAUAACCUUCAUAAGGUUGUAGGAGUUAAGAGAUUCAUUAAUCCAGACUGGUCCCCAAUCACUGUUUUCCACAGUGAUGAUUAAAUUAGUUAGAGUAGUUUUUAUAGUAUUAUCAAUAGACAUUAUAAGAAUUAACCUUAUAGAUUAUUUUUAA